GCGUUCCCAUGUGGCACGUUUUGGAAGACCUGAUCGAACAGAACGAGUCUUCACACUUAUGAAUAUAUUUUUCAACUACUUUGUAUUAUGUAUAUAUUUUCCAUCCAAUGGCUAGAGGUCUCUGAUGCAUAUGAUUCCACACGUGCUUACGAAUUCUUGGCGGUCACAAGAUAAGAUGGCGACGACUUUUGGAGACGAAGUUUACGUCCCUAGUUUAACGAGUUGUAUUGCAGUCUUCUUCAUCGUUCUAUGGUUGGUUCUCUACAUUCUUCAACUAAUAGCGAUAUUAGGGGGAAAAUUAGCAUUGUACAAGUACAAUCCGUGUUCAAAUGAAAAUGAUCUACCAGGAGUGUCAAUUAUAAAGCCUCUAGCCGGGGAAGAUUCACAUUUGAUUAAAAAUCUCCAAACUUUCUUCGAGUUAAAAUAUCCUAAGUUCGAGAUAUUGUUUUGCGUCCAGGAUGAGAGGGAUACAACUGUACCUGUUGUACGACAAUUAAUGCAGAGCUAUCCCCUGGUGAAUGCCAGAGUUUUUACAGAGUCAAGGACUGUUGGAGUCAAUCCAAAAAUCAAUAACAUGAACCAGGGAUAUGUUGCUGCUAAAUAUGAUUUAUUGUGGAUAUGUGAUAGUGCUAUUAGAGUUCAUCCAAACACACUUCUGGAGAUGGUAUCCCACAUGGGACCAAAAGUAGGCUUAGUUCAUCAGACUCCAUACAUCACAUGUACUUCACAGUCGUUUGCACAAUGUGUAGACCAGGUAUAUUUUGGUACCCAGCAUGCRUUUGCUUACCUUUUCUCUCAUACGUGUGGUAUCUUGUGCGCUAGUGGGAUGUCCUCYAUGUAUAACAAGACGGUAUUAGAUGACUUAGGAGGUCUUCAAGCGUUCUCGUGUUAUAUUGCUGAGGAUUACUUCAUGUCAAAAGCCAUUCAAGCCAAGGGAUAUAAAGUAGCAUUAAGCUCUGAACCAGCCAUGCAGAACCCUAGGGUCCAGUCACUCGAACAGUUUCAAAAGAGAAUGUUAAGGUGGACGCGACUGCGACUUGCAAUGGAGCCGUUUCCUUCAUACUURGAACCAUUAACAGAGAGUAGUAUAAUCGGUGUGUUUGGGGCAWUGGGAGCUUGGUAUAUAUGGGGUAUUAACAUGGUUGUAUUUUAUAUGGUACAUCUUGGGAUUGCAUUCGUACUGGAUUACAUACUAUUGACUAUUGUACAAGGUGUCCCGCUAAAUGGUCCUCUGCCGCCGCUAUGGAAGGUAUUUCUCGCAUGGCUAUUUCGUGAAUUAUUUUUUAUAGUGUUUUUUCUUCAAGCUGCAUUUGGUACUCAGAUUGAAUGGCGAACAGCUACGUUUAGAUUGCUUACUGGAGGGAAAGCUGAAUUACUCAACAAAUGUAAAGACGCCAAUAGCCAUUGUUGCUAACAACUAUUUUAUUAAUUACUGCUAAAAUGUCUAUUUAAUGUCGUCCAAUGUAUUUAUAUUAAGAAUUUAAAUUUUUAAAUCUCUGUGGUGGUUCUUAAUUUUUUUWAAAAAAAUUGACUAGUACUUUAUUGGUUCUUUGAUUUGGUGGUUGAUUUGUGAGUUUGAAUGGAAAGUCUGGGAUGUGAAGUGGCGAUGUGAGUUAAUCUAAAAUACAUGGGUUAAGUACCACCACUCUUUACAGCCUCAUAUAACAUCRCGUCUCCAAUUAGCCAKCGUAGCCAGGCGUUCCCGGCCGCUCCGAGAGAAUCUGGGCUGGAAACAAAAAGGGGAUUCUAGUUCUACGGCCAAAACUCUCUCGGAGCAGCUAGGAACGCCUGGCUAAGCAGGCUACUCUCCUAUAGAAACUUACAAGGGGUGUAACCUGUAGCCUCCGUUCAUUUCUUGUGUCCCCAAUAUUUGUCCAUUGAACGAAAAAUAAAGAUCAGUAGCAGUAAAUUAGUUUUGUAGCGACCAGCUUUGGGUAUUUCGAAAUGACCCUUCGAACCAAAUUCCAAUAUUACCAAAUAUGGUAAAUGUAUUAUCAGUUUGCACAGCGGCUACACGUUUCAAUCCCCUGUCGAGUUUCUGAUGUCGUACUGGGUUUAACGAGGGGGUGCGCCAUCUAUUAAUAAUUAAUUUAUUAUAACAUUUAUUUAAACGCGAUAUGCUCGUAUCUAGAGAUUUAUAUAUCUAACAGUAUAAAUCUGCCAUUGCAAAACCGGGAGUCUGGGUAAGUCAGUGAUUAUCAGAGCAUGGUUUUGAAUGAAUCUGGGUAAGGUUGUUUCUGUUGAAUUUUCAGUUUGCAGUCAAAACGGUGCCACAAUACUAUGUUUGGAUGCGUGGUUCCAUUGAAUAGAAGUUACUACCCUCUGAAGCAUCCGUUUCCGGUAGUUCGCUAAGGUGGAACGGACCCUUCGAAGCUAAGUUCUUACGGCGUCCAUCUUGAAUUCUAUUGAUUUAAGUAUCGAUUCAGAGUAAUAAACUAUAGGAUGCCCAGGGGACACAAAACCAGACUCUCGUAGAUUAAAUACCAUAUCGUAGCUUAAACAUCAUAUUUUCCCGUACGAAUUUCUCACUAAUAGGAACACAUAUAUAACUAUAUUGUUCCACCUUAAUGUCAAAAGUCAGGAUAUUGUAAAUCUUACUGUUUUGUCCUUAAAUUUGGUGUAUUGUAUAAUAACGUCACUCCAAAACAUGUUGUAAUCAUGCUGUGACUUCAUUAUGCGAUAAAGAGAUUUAUUGUGUUUGCAUGGAUGUACCCAGACCCCCCCGGUAUUGGGAUAGGACGAUGUUUUCUGUCGUAAGGGUAGUGUUGUGUUGGUCAGUAUCAUGACGUAGACGUCUUGUCAGAAUUAUGAAUUGUUAAUGGACCUCAAAAUAAAAGGGUUAGAAAAAGC